AUGUUCCUGCUCUACGCCACCAUGUUCAGCGGCCUCAUCAUCCUGCCCAAUGUGCUGGCGGUGGAGCCCUACCACCUCAACGAGGCACUCAUCGGCGUUGCCAACCUGCCGCUCGGCCUCGGCUGCUUCAUCGUCGGCCCCUUCGGCGGCCGCUGGGCCGACGCCGGCGCGCGCCGCUGGAACUCCUCCCCCGCGGGCCGCAUGGUGCCCGGCCUGAUCGCGUCGUUCACCAUCUUCCCGGCGUCGACCCUGGCCUACGCGUGGACGCUGGCCUACGGCACCAACCUGGCGGGGCCCCUCAUCUGCAGCUUCUUCAUGGGCGCCAGCAUCUGCGCGUUCUUCCCGGGCGUGAUGUCGUACGUGUCGAUCCUGAAGCAGCAGAACGCGGCUGCGGCCGGCGGCGCCGUCCAGGCCAUCAUGUUCAUCUGCGGCGGCAUCUUCAUCCAGAUCACCCCGCCCGCCAUCGCGGGCAUCGGCCUCGGCGGCUGGGUGACCGUCUUGGUCGCCAUCAUCUUCACCGCCGCCCUCGUGUCCGCGCUGCUGACCUGGCGCGAGCUUCAUCGCGCGAAGCAGCUGCAGCUGCCGGUGGCCCAGCAGCCCGGCGCGGCCGUCGCCACCGGCGCGCCGGGGUCGUCGGGCGGCGAGACGGACGCGGCGGCGGUGGUGGACAGCGAUGGUCCGGACGUGCUGGCUGAGAGCGGCGCUGAUAAGAAGCCCACUGCUGUCUAG